AUGAGUUUAUCAGAAUAUUUUGAAACAAUAUAUCCUUCAAAAUGUUCUCCAGACUCUCGAUAUUUAGCAACUGUGAAAGGAAUGAAAACUGUGGGAUUUUCAAUUUCUUCUAUCUCCUUACCUGUUCUAAUUUUCACAUCUUAUUGCAUAAUGAGAAAAACUCCAGAGAGCAUGAAAUCUGUGAAAAUGGGAUUAUUGAAUUUGAAUUCCUGGUAUAUUGUUUCACAAGUCAUACAAGCGAUUUUCAUAUUUCCAAUAGUUUAUUUUCCGUUUUCUGCUUUUACAAUCAUUGGAUUAGCUGAAUACUUGAAUAUUCCAACACUAAUUCAGCUUAUUUUGUCUAUAACCAUUACUAAUGCUAUGCUAGUCUCAAUAAUCGUUUUGUUUGAAAAUCGGAGUAGCUCAAUUUCAUUCAACAAGUUUUGUAUAUCAAGACAAAAAUAUAAAAAUUUCUGGAUAUUUUCCAAUUGUGGUAGUUCAUUUCUAGUUUUAACACCGCCAUUUUUCUUCCUACCAGAUCAAGAAGAGGCUAAAAUAAGAAUAUUAAAAACACUUUCUUGCCCGAUCAAAGAGUUUUUCACGGAUCAAACCAUUGUCAAAGUUUUUGGAAAAUUUUGGGAGACGUAUUUUGUACAAGCUAGUCAAUUGAUUUAUCUAAUUUCCAUUGUUCAAAUUGUAUUUUUCUCUACUUGUUGUGUCUAUUAUCUUAUCAUUUUCAAAUAUUCCAAUGUCUCCGUCACCACUCGUCGUCUUCAAUUUCGUGUAUUCAUUGGAGUAGUGAUUCAAAGUCUGUUACCAGUGGUUUUAACUCAUAUUCCUUUGAUGAUUAUCAUGGGUAGCAAUGAGCGCAAGGAGUAUGAUCAAAUGAAUAAUAACUUGUACAUUUUAAGUGCAAUUAUUCAUAAUGGAGUUGCAAGUUUAUCCAUUCUUCUCGUACAUGGUUCUUAUCGGAAAUUUUUAAUUUCAUUUUUUUGGAAAGAAAAGUCAAAAGUCAUUCAAAUAACCCAUUGCUCAAAAACGAUAAAUUUGUGA